AUGGCGGCGACCGACUUCCCGGCGGAGUUCCUGUCGCUGGAGGCGGACUUCGUGGACAGCAAGAUGGCCAUCAACAACAGCAUCAGCGACAUCCUGCGCGGCGGAGCCAACGCCGUCUCCAACGCCUCACAGAUCGCGCAGGCCCGCGUGGUGGAGGCUCAGCGCUGUAUCAAUUUGUACCGAGACGAGCUGCAGGGACUCAUUCGCGACUUGGAGCGAGCACAGCUGAUGGCGCGAGAGGGCAAGAUGGCAUCUAGCACAACUUCGCAAUACGAGCGCUUGAUGAAGAACAACGAUCGAUUGAACGCGUCUUCCAAGAAGCUUGAGGAUACACAUCGGAUCGUCGCGGAGACGGAAGAGGUCGGCAUCGCUGUGCUGGAUACGCUCGCACAGCAGCGUGAAAGUUUGCUCGGCGCGCACGAGAAGGUUCGCGAGACGGGGGCAAUGACGACCGAGGCGCGACGGAUCCUGCAGCGCAUGACUCGCCGGAUCAUCACCAACACGAUCGUGCUGUACACGACCAUCUUCGUGCUCAUCGUCGCCAUCUGCUACGUACUGUACGCCGACUUCAUCAAAGCCACUCGCUUCUUCUGA